GACCCGCUCGACGUCCGUGAGGCUAGGCAUUGUGGUAAAUUGCUCGAGUACGCGAAGAGCUGCAUCGGAGAUAUUGACGAAGGGUCCCCUACGUGCUGCAGAAGCUUGGCCCAGUACUCUAAAUAUCUAACAGCCCGAAGAGAUCGGUGAUGAAAGCUGAUUAGCGUCUGAGGAAGCCUGCACAGAAGCUGCGAUGGGCUACGAUGGGGUGCAGUCGUCUAGAUCCGUCUCUUCUGGCAGCGAGUAGGCAAGGGGUUCUUUCGAAUUGAAGCAGUAAGACCACGAAGGCACUACGCAUGACAAGGGGCUGGUAUUCAUUCCAUGGGGAUAUCAUUACCACCGCAGUACCGACACAGGGCAGUUCUUACGGCAUAUCUACCCUCACCGAGAACAAGAUAACGGCCAUGGUCUCGCUAUCGGACGCAAAGUCGGCGGCCUGGAGCAGUCCGCAGAAUAGAAAGCUUGUGCCCGAAGACCGCCACUUGUUCGUCCCAUGUUUGGACACCUCGACACAGGACCUCCUCGUCAACCUUGCCGACAUUUGCGACUUCAUAGACGACAAUCGCCAAUGCCCUGGCGAGCACGGCAACGUCCUCGUCCACUGCGCGUUUGGAGUCUCGCGCUCCGCCAUGGUCGCCGUAGCCUAUCUCAUGUGGAGGCAAGGCACCGCCAUAUGGGCCGAGGUCGAGCACGGGAUACGGGCCGACCCUGACAAGAAGACUCCGAAGGGGCCCUACGCGGCCUAUCUCGCUAGGAGGGCCGAGAGAUUAAGAGGAAAAGGCCUGACCGGGGAUGAGCCCACCUUUCCGGACUUCUAA